AUGUCACCCGAUCGACAAUAUUUCUCGUGUUUGAAAGCAGCCGGUCUUAUCGGUUUGUUACGCAGCUCUGAACCAGUUCUGAUAGCCUCAAUCGUGCUCGAAGGUCUCUCUCUGAUGUUAUUCCCCUCCGCAAAAUUUCUCUGGCUCGCUCAUAUCGCAUCCGUCGUCAGUGGAGUGACGGCGGUCACUUUCGAGGCUUGCUCUUAUGUGGCAUUAGCAAAUCUGUGGGAGAAGCCUGCUCUCGCUCUGCAUAUUUAUCAGCUUGGAUACGGCUUGGCAACUUUCAUCAUUUCCAUCAUUGUUGAGCCGUUCCUCAGCGCGAGCGACGUCAUCGAACACGGGAAGCUCCAGCACAGUGCGACGAGUGUCUCGCGAAUCUACAUUCCCUAUGUUGGAGUUGGCUUACUGAGUAUUUCAGUCGGUAUUGGUUUAGCCAUCCUCUCUCUCGUGACGUCGAUGCAGUUGGAAACGAAAGCUGGAGCGAAACCCGAAAAUGAAGGCGUUCCGGGAGAGACCCAGGAUCAGAAAAGGCGACACGGGAUUUUUGAAAUCUGCUUGAUCUCUCUUCUGACGCUGUUUCUCGUGUUCUUCGACAGUCUGGCUACGGCCGUUCACGGGUGGGUGGAAGAUUCGUCGGUCCCCCUCGCAUCCGUGGCUGACAGCUCAUUCGCGGCCAACCGCGGAUGA